GUCGGGGAUUAGGAAUCAUGUUGCAUGAAGCAAGGGCCAGGCAGAGGUUCUUCAGCGAUGUUCAGUAUCUGCGGGACAUGCAGCAUAAGGUGGACUCUGAGUAUCAGGCUUGUUUGAGACGACAGGAAUACAGACGAGACCCAAAUGAGAAGAAACGAGAUCAGUUUUGGAUGCAAGAGACAAGUUUUGAGAGAUCCCGGUUUUCUAGUGCGUCAUCUUCCAAACAGAGUUCUGGUGAGGAGGAUCCUCUAACUGAACCAAGGUCAUCUACCAAGAUAUCUGCAUUUAAGUGUGACUCCAAACUUCCAGCAAUUGACCAAACAUCAGUGAAGCAGAAACAUAAAAGCACCAUGACUGCAAGGAAAGCAGAGAAAGCGGGCCCCAGCAAACCCUCUCCAGACCAGGCACCAAUGGCUUUAUCAAGGAAGAGGAGGCCAAACCUGAGGAGAUUUACAGUCAGCCCAGAAUCACACAGCGUGAGAGCAUCUGGGGACAGGAGCAGACAGAAACCACAGUGGCCGGCAAAGGGGCUGGUCCCUGGGGGAGCAGAUCAAGUAGUUCAACAAGAAGUCCUGAUGUGUGACACUAAGCUGAAGAGGCCAACUCGAGGGAGAGGAAACUGGCUCCCAUUCUCGCAGCCAGUGACUGAGAACCCCCCUGAUAGAGCCAAGAAAGGAGACCUAAGUGCUCCUUCCCAGAGUAAGCUGCAUCCAGCCCUGCCCCAGGCCUGCCAAGGAACAAAGAGCUCUCUAGUAUUGAGUGAGUCCUCGGGGCCACCACUCACACCCAGCACCACAGGAGGGCCAAGAACGGCAUCAUUUAGGUCCCGAGAUGAGGAUUUUUAUUCCAUUUUAUCAUUGAACAGCAGAAGAGAAAGCGAUGACACUGAAGAGGAAACCGAUGUUGAGGAACAUCUGUGGGUUGGUAUGCACUCACCCCGUUCCCCUUCCAAUCACAAAAGAAGUAGAUUUGGAGGGACAUUGACCCCUCAGGCCAAAAAUAAAAAUUUUGAAGAAAAUGCUGAAAAUGGCAGAGGUCAUUCUCUAAGAAGAAGUGCGCCCGGGCAGGGCUCAUUAAGAAUAAGCAGUGCAACGGAGCCAGCGACAGAGCGACAUUCUGUCGGACAAAGGUUGUCCGAAGACCCCAGGCUGCCUGAUAGGGCAUCUGAUAAAGAGGACAGAGGUGGCAGUGAAAAUGCAAAAAAGAGCCCCCUUUCGUGGGACCCCCAAUCCGAACCCAGACAAGAGGAUGGUCUCAAUACUGAAAAUGCAUGGAGUGACUGUAUUUCUAUGGAACAUAGGCCUGGCACCCAUGAUUCUGAAAGAGAUUGGCAAGACUCUCUAAGCAACUCUAGACGUUCUCCUGACUACUUUUGUUCUGGCAGACCAACAUCUCCAGGAUCAUCAAUGAAUUCAUCUUAUAACCCUCCUGUAUCAUUCAUGCAUUCUGCUCUGAGAGAUGAUAGUCCCGUAGACUUGUCAAUGUCAUCGACUUCAAUUCACAGCUCAGACUCAGAGGGAAACUCAAGGUUUCAUGUUCCCCGACCACUGUCUCCCAUUAGAAAUAGAAAUGCAUUUGCCAGUGUUGAAAAUCACAAUUAUUUCCCAGUAAACAGUGCACACGAAUUUGCUGUCAGGCGAAGAGCAGAAGAUAUUACUUUGAUAAGCCAACCUCAGGGGGCUCUAUUAUAUACAGACUUCUUACUAAAUCCACGGGGCCGUUUGUCCUUAGUGGAUUCCUCCAACUCCUCUCCAUCAAGAAUGAACUCAGAAGUCCAUUUGCAUGUGUCUGGGUCAUUGCAAGAAAAUAUACCAUUUACUUUCUUUGCAGUGUCUGAUUUCCCAAAUCAAAAUGAUAGUGGGAACAGAAUGGUAGCCUCUGGUUUCACAGAUGAAAAGGAGAUCAGUAAGAUAAAGGCAGACCCUGAGAAACUCAAGAAAUUGCAAGAAAGUCUCCUGGAGGAAGACUCCGAGGAGGAGGGAGACUUGUGUCGCAUCUGUCAGAUAGCCGGGGGUUCCCCGACCAACCCGCUCCUGGAGCCUUGUGGCUGUGUGGGAAGCCUGCGGUUUGUUCAUCAAGAGUGCCUGAAAAAGUGGCUGAAAGUGAAAAUAACAUCAGGAGCAGAUCUUGGUGCCGUGAAGACCUGUGAGAUGUGUAAGCAAGGCCUGCUGGCUGACCUGGGUGACUUUAACAUGACUGAGUUCUACCAGAAGCACCAGCAAUCUCAGGCACAAAACGAGCUGGUGAAUACAGGCUUGUACCUGGUGCUGCUGCUUCACUUCUAUGAGCAGAGGUUUGCAGAACUCAUGAGGCUCAGCCACAGCCAGGUUGAAAGAGAGAGGUUGUCAAGAAAUUACCCACAACCCAGAAUGGAAGAAAAUGAAAGUAGGUUUUGGGGGUCGGUCCUGCCAUUUUGGGGGUGUUUGCUAAAUUUCUCUUUUUCUGUGACUGUGUUGAACCUAAUGCCUGGGAAGGAAUGACCACCACCCAGAGGCAAAAACAACCCCACAAAGCUUGGGAAAGUCAGCCACAGCAAACAAUCAGGAAGGCGAGGCCAAGUUCACUGGAUGCCGAGCAGAUAAGAAUUUUAAUUCAUCCUGAAAGCAAGGAAAAGCGCCAACAAAGGGAAGAGGUUAUCUUCCGGCAUGAGAUAAGAUAUAUUCCUUUUCCUUGCUGGGAUUCUCCAGCGUCCAGCCCUUGGAGAGUCUGGGGGUUGGUUUUUUUUCUUUUUUUUUUUUUUUUACUGCCAGGAUUCCUUUAAGAAAACCCUUCCCAAGUCCUGGCAGGCGCUGUCUGGCCCUUACCUGGAGGGACCACAUUCACUCACACUAGUGGCCUUGGUGGAUUUCCUCUCCAUUCAGCCAAUCAGGUGGGUCUGCUGAAUUCAGAGGUUGAACAAAGCAAACAGGUCUCCCGAGAAAGGACCCUCAAAGCAGGCGAGACGGCUUUCUGCAAACAGGUUCGAGAAACGUCUUCUCCCUGUUCCUUUUUCCAU